AGAACCUAGAGGCUAAUGUUUCCCGGUGUACACCACCGUCUGUGUGUUAAUGUCGAGUAGUUAGUCGUGUAGCUACAUAUAUAUAUAUGUUAAUCGUAUAGAUGCUGAUCUCCAGAAACCGAGGUAAAAAAAAAGUCAGAACCAGUCGCAGGAAUAAGAGCGGCUUUGUGUUUCUUGUAUUUGAGGUAUUAGCCUUCUUUAGCUGUCGUGCUAACAGCUAAGCUAACCCACCUCGUCAACGGUCCGCCGGGGGAGAUGCAGCAUCCCGAGCAGCAGCUUCAGCUUCACCGGCGGCGAUAAGCUGGAGAAGCACAGCCGUAUGUUGUCUAUCACCGACACGGUGAGGAGGGAAGCGAUGCUGGGAGGCGUCCACAGCUCGUCCGUGGAUCCCAAUUUGUUGUGAAGCCACAGUCCCGUGUCGCUGUCCUUCAUCGACGCCAUCUUGGAAAAAGAAGAGUUUUUUAGUUCGGGCAUUUUAACGGGCUACCUAAAGACAACAGUCAGGACCCCGCCCAGUACGCAGAAGGUCGGGGUCAUUUGAAAAAAUUGAACCAUAAUAAAAUGAAAAAAAAAAAAAAAAAAAAAAAUAGGUAUAAUUCACAUUUGAUGUUUUGUUUGUCCAUAUGUUGUAUGUUUUUUUUUUAAUAAAGUGAAAGAAGGGUGAAUUUUACUUUACAAAUGUAACUGUGUGGGUAAAUUAACUGACAAAAUCAAAGUACAGCACUUAAUUAAAUGUACUUAUUUACUUCCCACAUUUGAUAAUAAGCUGGUUACAAAUCCAUACAGUCCGUUGUAGUUUCACUUUUGCCAAGGCCUUUAUUUUGAACGUUUAAACCGGAAGUCUUGACUCUGGUCCCCGAAGGCAAAUAUUACACGAGCCACACGCAUGCGCACUGCCUUACACUACAUUAAACAAUCCUAGGUGGGCAUCUUGCGCUGAUCUGCGCGUACGGCAAAAUAUCAUCGACCGAUUCACGGUAAUUGACCGCAUCUCCACCAUGGCGUCCGGUGGAUAUCUCCAGACAGCGGUGCUCCUUCUGGCGGUGCAGCUCCUCUGUCUCCGUGCAGCUGAUGCGGAUCAGGACGCUGGGACUGUCAUCCCUGCAGAAAGUCGCCCAUGCGUGGACUGUCAUGCAUUUGAGUUUAUGCAGAGGGCACUGCAAGAUCUAAAGAAGACCGCGUUCAACCUCGAUGCCAGGACGGAGACGCUGGUGCUGAGGGCCGAGAGGAGGGCUCUGUGUGACUGUAUGCCCACCAACUCACUGCGCUGAUCACACCCCGACACAGAACCCCGAUCCAAAGCUCUACUCGUGUGCAGCGAUUGUCAUCUUAACUUAUUCACGCAAUAGGCACUUUAUUUUACUUUCUCUCAUAUCACUGCUGAGUGACGCUUUGGUUUGAAGUCAUGCAUCAGAUGAUUGUUGUUUUAGCCUUAUUCGGGACGACUUUUAUACCACUGAUGUUUGAUUGUUUUCAUCGCCGCGGGGAGUCGGGUCACUUCUCAUCCGUCUCCUAUUUUAAGCAUAAACUAUUUUUUGUACUUUUUAGUAUUUGACUGUAUAAUGUAGAUACAGUAGAAUGCAUCGAUACAUGUCCUGGUUGUAUGAGAUUAAUGUUUACAACGAUUACACACAUCAAACUGUAGCAUCACAUGGGAUUUAUGUACCUGCUCAAAAUAUUUCAAUAACUGUUUUUAAAUAGUUUAACUGAUUUUCAGGCUUCUUUUCCCCC